AUGCAACGCACAUCGUCACAUCAAGAUCACGAGGGUGGCCAGCCGGGCGCAGCACCUGUUCACGCUGUGGGCAGUGCGCGCAUCGUGAGCGUCGAGCACCCAUGCAUCAUCCGCAACUUUGAAAAUGGCAUCAAGUCGCUGGGCGGCGAGGCUCAACUCAAGCACGUAUGUCUGCCCGAGCCAGUGGCCGGAGUGUCGCUGCGACCAGACGAUCCCUUCGCCAAGAAGAUCGCAUCGACCGGCUGCCGUACCAGAAAUGUGCUUGUCAGGGUGACCGUGCCGAAACGGACAGGCCGCAAGCGCAAACGAGGAUCCGAUGAGCCGUUCGAGGAGCCAUUACAGCCAGAGCGACAAGAUGCGGGCAUCACCGCGCCCAAUCUCAUCCGCAGACUUCGCGACAGUGAGGGCAAGUACCACAUCGAAGCAGUCGGCAUGGUCCGCGAAACGCAUCGAUUUCGGACUCUGCCAGACUUCCAGCUUCGUAGCGCUGAUCUCCCAAUCAUGCACCAGCUGAGAGAGCAUACAAUGAUGCCCGACUACGAUAAGCUUGCUCAGUUCCGCGUCAGGACCGACAUAGGAAACCACGACAUCACCGCUUUUCCUGCUCCUCCCACCUUCACCAGCUUUGACAUGCCCCACAAAUACGAGUAUCAACAGGCGUCUGGCGUUGUGUAUGUUCAGGAUGAGAGCGGACAGGUGACUGCCAAGAACAUCUCUGCGCCUCAGAAACGUGUGACUUGGGCUCUUGCACCAGACGCACCCGAAGUCCCACAGAAAGCUCCAAUUGACCUGCCUCGGCGCAGUCCGACUGGCGAGCUGCUUCCAAAGGCGGUGAAGGAGCUGCAGAAAUUACUCGAAACCCGUCCUCUUCUGACCAAGCGUGUCGCUCUGAACUCCAUGGUACCCAUUAGUGAUACCAUUUUCAAGGAAGCCACGCAAUACGUUGGCUACAGCUUCAAGGCAGGUCCUUGGCGCGACAGUCUCAUCAAGUAUGGUGUGGACCCGCGAAAAGACCCCAAGUGCCGCUUCUACCAGACUUUGAUGUUCCAGGUUGACAAAGAAGCAUUCAAAGAUCCCGCCGACGAGAAGGUAAAGUUCCAGAUAUCAUCUACGAGUUGGGCGAGGCCUCUCAGGCACAGCCGUGAUGCGCCAGAGUCGCAUAUCUUUGAUGGGAGGAAUGUUACUGCCAAUGGUAAAACCUGGCAAGUGUGUGAUGUGACAGAUCCCAUGGUGAAGGAGAUUUUUGACACCGAGAAUAUCAGAGAAGAGUGCGACCCUUUCCAGUGGGGCUGGUAUCACAAUGGAACGCUAGCCAAGGCUCGCACGAUCAUGAAGGAUAAGAUGAGGUUCUUGUUCGCGAACGAAGACCCUCCGAUGGAAGAUUACAAGCACAUCAGCAAGAUUCCAGACAGACUCACCAAAGACAACAUGGCUGAAGCACAACUGGCGCCAAGGACAUAUGGCCACCACGCGUCCGCUUUGGCAAAUGAGAUUCGGAACAUAGUGAAGAGUGGCGAAGGCACCCGGAGUGCGGAGAAGCUCUGGGCACAAAAGAAACAGGCUGCUGGGGAAGCUGUUGAUGAUGACCACGCGAGCGCGGUGGACGACGAAGAGGCAGCUGAGCUGCGAGGUCUCGAUGUGGCUGAUGACGAUGAGGGUGAUCUGGAAGAGAAUAGAGAUGGGGUCAUUGAAGCCGAACCUGAUCAAGCUUCGAAUGGAGCAUGA